AUGUCACUGAAACGAAUCAACCCUGAGAUGUCUCUGAAGAGAAUUUCCCCUGAGAUGUCACUGAAGCGAAUCUGCCCUAAGAUGUCACUGAAGGGAAUCUACCCUGCGAUGUCACUGAAGCGAAUCUACCCUAAGAUGCCACUGAAGCGAAUCUACCCUGCGAUGCCACUGAAGCAAAUCUACCCUGAGAUGCCACUGAAGAUAAUCUACCCUGAGAUGUACAUGGAGGACGUGUUGUGUGAUGUUUUACCAAUGCAAGCAUGUCAUGUACUACUUGGUCGACCUUGGCAAUAUGACAACAAGGUUCAACAUGAUGGUGAGACAAACAAAAAUAUUGUUUCUCUCUUGAGUGAUUAUGCAAAUGUGUUUCCUGAGGAAAUUCCUAGUGGAUUACCUCCAAUUAGAAGGAUUGAGCAUCAAAUUGACUUCAUCCCUGGGGCGCAAAUUCCAAAUAGGCUAGCCUAUAGGACUAAUCCUAAAGAAACAAAGGAGUUGGAGAAACAAGUUGGUGAAUUGCUUGAAAAAGGGUAUGUGCGUGAAAGUCUUUCUCCAUGUGCAGUUCCUGUUUUGCUUGUUCCUAAAAAGGAUGGAACUUGGAGAAUGUGUGUUGAUUGUAGAGCAAUAAACAACAGAACAAUUAAGUAUCGUCACCCUAUUCCUAGAUUAGAUGAUAUGCUUGACGAAUUGCAUGGUGCUUGUUUAUUUUCUAAGAUUGAUCUUAAGAGUGGGUACCAUCAAAUUCGCAUGAAAGAGGGUGAUGAAUGGAAAACUGCCUUUAAAACUAUGUUAGGAUUGUAUGAAUGGUUAGUUAUGCCUUUUGGAUAUACUAAUGCACUUAGUACUUUUAUGAGGCUAAUGAACCAUGUCUUAAGAGCUUUUAUUGGCAAGUUUGUUGUUGUUUAUUUUGAUGAUAUACUUGUGUAUAGCCGAAGCCUAAAAGAAUAUGUUGAGCAUUUGAGAUGUGUGUUAGAUGUACUUAGGGUUGAGAAGUUGUAUGCUAACCUUAAAAAGGGCGCCUUUUGCACAAACAAGCUUGUUUUUCUUGGUUUUGUGGUUUCUGCGCAAGGUAUAGAGGUUGAUGAAGAGAAGAUCAAAGCCAUCAAAGAUUGGCCAACACCAACCAACGUUGGUCAAGUAAGAUCAUUCCAUGGCUUGGCUGGAUUUUAUAGGAGGUUUGUUAAGGCCUUUAGCACCUUGGCAGCACCUAUAACAAGUGUGAUGAAGAAGAAUGCACCAUUUAAAUGGGGUCAAGAACAACAAGAAACAUUUGAGACAUUGAAGAAUAAGCUUACUAAUGCUCCUUUGCUUGUUUUUCCUAACUUUAACAAUACUUUUGAGAUUGAAUGUGAUGUAUUAGGUGUAGGUAUCAGCGCUGUUUUGAUGCAAGGAGGAAAGCCCGUGGCUUAUUUUAGUGAGAAAUUAAAUGGGGCUGCAUUGAAUUAUCCUACCUAUGAUAAGGAGUUGUAUGCUCUUGUGAGAGCAUUGCAAACUUGGCAUGAGAAAGUUUUAUGGCAUGUUAAGUGGAUUGAAUUCAUAAAGUCUUUUCUCUAUGUUGUGUGCUACAAGAAAAUUGACAUGAAUGGCUCAAAGAUAACUAGAUUUGGUGUUCCUGGAGAUUGGGUUUGCUUGCAUCUAAGGAAGGAGAGAUUUCCUGAGAAAAGGAAGUCUAAGCUUUUACCCCGCGGAGAUGGUCCAUUCCAAGUCUUAGAAAGGGAUCAGCAACAAUGCUUACAAGCUAGAUCUUCCUAG